AUGCUUAAGUGGAAGCCAUGGCGCGCCCAAGCACGAGACAACACUUUCUCCAGCUCGAAAGGAGACCUGGAGAAGAGGGCACCUGAGCGGAAAAAAUGGAGCAUGGGCAUCUUGAGCGACGAAGAGACGGACAAGAUUCCUGGCUCCGUACUCUUGUAUCCAGAGGAAUCAGACCAUAAUGGACCCCUCAGCCUUCACAACACUCCAGCUGAGAUACUCGACUCAUCGCUGACCUCAUCAUAUCCGUCCUCCGUACAAAGCGGUUCAGCACAACCCACACGAACCGAGAAGAAACGGACAGCCGGUGGCAAGAUAAUCCUGGAACCCCAGCCCGACGAGUCCCAAAACGAUCCGCUGAACUGGCCAAAGAAACGUAGAAAUGCGGCGCUGCUGUCCAUAGGCUUCUACUGCAUGGCCGGCGGAGGCAUGGCCCCAUUACUUGCCACAGGCUUCCACGAUAUUGCAGAAACAUACCAUGUUUCGGAGGCCUCGGUCGCGCUUACCACCAGACUGUACAUACUGGGGCUGGGGAUAGGGAGCCUUGUCUGCUCGCCUACAGCCAUCCUCUUCGGCAAGCGGCCAGUGUAUCUCGCAACUACGAUUCUGUUCAUUCUGAGCUCUGUGUGGUGCGCCUUGUCGCCGAAUUAUCCAUCCUUGCUUGUUGCUAGGAUUGUACAGGGACUGGCUGUCAGCCCUGUCGAAUGCCUUCCUUCAGCCUCGGUAGCGGAGAUAUCCUUUCUCCAUAAGCGACCAUACCGCCUGGGAAUCUACACGCUGUUCCUGCUGGGAGGGAUGAAUUUGGUGCCUCUGAUCAGCGCUGUUGUCAUCCAGGCUCUGGGGUGGAGCUGGGUCUUUUGGAUUGUCGCCAUGGUGGUCGGCCUAUGCUUCGUGCUACUCUUUCUAUUUGUUCCCGAGACGUUCUGGGACAGAACACCACGUCCGUAUGGGUAUAAUCAGGGACAGCGGGAGGCCCAGCCGAGUGAACAGGGCUCAAGCCGACACCCUCGCAGUGAUACCAGAGACGCUUCCGCCCAAAUCGAUGGCGGUAGCGAGUCAGGGAACGCCUCAAAUUUUCCUCUCCUGCUCCAAUCAGCACCUGGAACGCUUGCCCAUAGGCGUCGUGAACGUCAUCCGCAUUCUGGUAACGCUGAUAAUAAUGCCGCUGCAGAGAAGACUGCAGAGGCUAUUAACGGGGCCGUAUUAGAAUUCGGCAAACCUUACAGCGGCCCCAUGAGCACACAGCAAUCAAAAGCGACGUCUAUUGCAGGCAUCGCGUCUCCUGGAUCGCUUCACUCGGAUGCCUGGAGAGUUGUACCUAUGGGCGGUGCACCGAAAACCCCGUUGCUCCGCAACCUCAACUCGCCAUUCUACGAAUCACAGGCUAACGAGGACGACUACUUCGCCUUGAGUGCUACAGCCGCGCCGAAUGUUAACGAAGGUGCAGUGCUGAGUCAACCGCAGGAGUCACCAACCGCUUCAGAGCCACUGAGACUCGUCUUGAGGCUGCCUUCGCCUCCCCUCCGUUCGGCCCUCCGCUCACCGCACCAGUCACCAGAGCAUUCCAGCCCUCGCAAGCACUCCCCGCCCCACAGGCUCUACACCACCUGCUGCUACCGCCUACACCGAAUUCUGGAAGACCCACCCGCCGAAAACCUUUUACAGACUCUCCGCCCCUAUUAUGGCCGCCUAUCACAAGGCUCCUGGCUAAAAGUCGCUGUGCGGCCCUUCGUCCUCUUCGCCUACCCCUCAAUCCUGUGGAGCACUGUGGUCUACUCCCUCUCGAUCGGGUGGUUGAUCGUUCUUUCCGAGUCCGUGUGUUCCAUCUACCGCGACCGCGACUCCUACAACUUCUCCGCCCUCCAGACGGGACUCGUCUACCUCUCCCCCUUCAUUGGCGGCAUCCUCGGCACCAUCGUUGCGGGAAAGGUCUCCGAUCAUGUCGUGUGGUGGAUGGCCAAACACAACGGAGGUGUGUACGAGCCGGAGUUUCGGCUGGCGAUGGCAGCGCCGGUGGCGGUGUGCACGAUGGUGGGGCUGAUGGGGUUCGGGUGGAUUGCGGAAGAGAGAGAAGCCUGGAUCGUGCCGACGGUGUUUUUCGGGGCGGUCAGUUUUGGGUGUACGCUAGGGUGUAUGACAGCGAUUACGUUUGCGGUGGAUUGUUAUAGCGGGUUGGUAGUGGAGGCGAUGGUUACGUUGAAUCUGGGGAAGAAUGUCUUCCACGGCCUGGUCUUCUCGCUCUUCUUUACCCACUGGCUAGAGUCCGACGGGCCGAGAGUUGUGUUUCUUGCCAUCGGGGGCAUUCAGAUGGCGUGCUUGCUCGUGACGACACCCAUGUAUGUUUACGGCAAAAGGGCCAGGAUGUGGACUGCGAGGAAGAACCUGAUGGAGAAGUUUUAA